CGGGCUGCGGCGGGGCGGGCUCAGUGCGGCUGUGCCGGGGCCGCGCCGCGCUGCGCCGCACCGCGCCGUGCCGUGAUGUGCGGGGGGGACCGUGCCGAGCCAUGCCGAGCCGUGCCUGGCCGCCCCGCGCGGGAGCGGCACCCCGGCACUUUGCCGCCCCAGCCCACAGGCUCCUUCCCCGCACAACUCGGCACCCCCGGGAUAGUCUCAUCACGUCUCACCUUCUCCCCAUCCCCACCCGUCCUGAUUCCAUCCCAUGCUGUCCCCAUACUAUCCUGUCCUGGUUCCCAUCACAUCCCAUCCCCAUCUCACCCUCCUCCUGUCCCAUCUCCUCCCGAUCCUGAUCCCAUCCCCUCCCCUUACAGGCUGUCCCUAUCCCAUCCUGUCCCCGUCCCACCCCUUCCCCGUUCUACCCUGUCCCUAUGCCAUUCCCAUCCCAUCCCUAUCCCAUCCCCUCACGUCCUCUUCCCACCUCAUCCCACCCCAUUUGCAUCCCACCCUGUCCCUACCCCAUCUAAUUCUGAACCCAACCCCUCCCCAUCACAUCCCCCACUUUCUCCCUAUUCCAUUCCAUCCCAUGUUGUUCCCAUCCCAUCCUACCCUGAUCCCAUCCUCCCCAUCACAUCCCAUACCCCAUCUGCACUCCCCAUCCCGAGGCUAUCACACACUGUGUACCAUCCCACCCUGCCUCACCCCAUACCAUCUUCAUCCCACCCCACACUGUCCCCUCUUACCCCAACCUAACCCCCUAUACUGACCUCAUCCCACCCUGACCCCCUGCCCUCGUCCCCCAGCUCCCUGCCCUAGGGGGGAUCUCCCCACCUCCCUGCUCCACAGGAGGGGUAGGCCUGACACCCUCUCCCCAGCACACUGCCCUCCAGCCCCACCAGCUGCAGCUGGGACAGCUCGUCAUCCCGCCCGCCUGUGGGCACUUAAGAGCCAGGGGUGGCUGAGGGGAGCCUGUGCUGGGCAGGAUGGCUACGGGGGAACUGCGGAGGCAAGAGGAGCGGCGGCGGCGGCGGAAGGCUCAGCAGCAAGAGCUGCUCCUGGCAGAGAGCCUGGGCAAGCACCCCCUGCAGAACAGGUGGGCACUGUGGUUCUUUAAGAAUGACAAGAGUAAGAUGUGGCAGGCAAACCUGCGCCUCGUCACCAAGUUCAGCACUGUGGAGGACUUCUGGGCGCUCUACAGCCACAUCCAGCUUGCCAGCAAGCUCACAUCUGGCUGCGACUAUUCCCUCUUCAAGGAUGGCAUUGAGCCCAUGUGGGAGGACAGCCAGAACAAGCGUGGUGGGCGCUGGCUCAUCACCCUGGCCAAGCAGCAGCGGCACACUGAGCUGGACCGUUUCUGGUUGGAGACGCUGCUGUGCCUCAUCGGGGAGAUGUUUGAUGAAUACAGUGAUGAAGUGUGUGGGGCCGUCAUCAAUAUCCGUGCCAAGGGAGACAAGAUUGCCAUCUGGACCCGGGAAGCGGAGAACCGGGAAGGGGUCACCCACAUUGGGCGUGUCUACAAAGAGCACCUGGGCCUGUCGCAGAAGGUGGCCAUUGGGUACCAGGCCCAUGCAGACACGGCCACUAAGAGCGGCUCCCUCACCAAGACCAAGUUUGUGGUCUGACUGUGGGAGGAGUGGGACUCCCUGUGGGGUUCUCCU